AUGCACAAAUUAUAAUAUAAUUUCGUCAAAUUAUCAUAUAAUUUGACCACCCUUCCGCUCUCGCUUUAUGUAACUUAUUUUAUCCCAUAUUAAGAGUAUAAUGUUCUAUAUUCUCUGUUGACUAUAUGAUUCUGUUGCAUCGGCGGCGUAUUUCUGACGCCUAGGUGCUUUUGCUUGGGGCUGAAAUUGGCUUUAUUAUUCGGGAGCGUGAUAGCCACGCUUCUGUCACGAGAAACAAGUGUUCUAUCGCUCUCUCUGUGUUCUUCAACGAGACGUGAGUGAGCACGAGAAUCAUUGCUACGAAGUAAACAACAAUUUAAUGGAGAAAAAGAGAGUGUAAAACAAUUCCCGUGAGGGACACGAACGAACGUGAGGGUAGUACAGAAAAAUCUGAUUUGGUUAGUGUUAUUAGCAAUUCGAAAACGAACACUCCCAAAACUAUUUUCAGGAAAAAAAAAAAAAAAACUAUUUUCAGGAAAAUGAAAUGACAAAAAGGCCCCUCAUCUCCCCAUCCAAGUGACGCACCCUCUCUCAAUCGGCUCAAUGCUGUUUCCUCUGUAAGACCUCCUUGCAAACAAACCCUAACCUAGUUGAUUGAUCUAUUCUUUUCCAUAUUUUCAUUUCGUUGCUGACCCUACAAAUUACUCUCCUCUAUGCCUCAUUCAGUUUAAUCUGGCAUUAUCAUCGUCUAUUUUGUUUGUCAGAUGAAGAGAUGGGGCGCUGAUGACAAAAUAUCUUAGGAUUCGUCACAAACUCAGAUCUCUUAGAAACAAAAAUGCCUUGCACUUUCAAAUAUAACUCUCUCGCACCCACCUGGAUUAGGAAAAGAUUCCUAUAGAGGAAGUGUUUGAGCAGUUAAAAUGUACAAGGGAAGGUUUAUCGUCAGAAGAAGGAGCGAACCGGCUCCAAAUUUUUGGACCAAACAAACUAGAGGAAAAAAAGGAGAGCAAGUUUCUCAAGUUUCUGGGCUUUAUGUGGAACCCGUUAUCAUGGGUCAUGGAAGCUGCUGCUAUAAUGGCUAUUGUGCUCGCAAAUGGUGGCGGGGAGCCUCCAGAUUGGCAGGAUUUCGUAGGAAUUAUUGCCUUGUUGUUGAUCAACUCCACAAUCAGUUUUGUUGAAGAAAACAAUGCUGGUAAUGCAGCAGCAGCCCUUAUGGCUGGCCUUGCUCCAAAAACUAAGGUUCUUAGAGAUGGUAGAUGGAGUGAGCAAGAUGCAGCCAUACUAGUUCCAGGGGACAUCAUAAGCAUUAAGUUGGGAGAUAUAAUCCCAGCUGAUGCUCGCCUUCUUGAUGGUGAUCCCCUGAAGGUCGAUCAAUCUGCAUUAACUGGAGAAUCCCUUCCUGUCACUAAGCACCCCUCAGAUGAAGUAUUCUCUGGUUCAACUUGUAAACAGGGCGAAAUUGAAGCAGUUGUUAUUGCAACAGGUGUUCAUACUUUCUUUGGUAAGGCUGCCCAUUUAGUGGAUAGCACCAACCAAGUGGGGCACUUUCAGAAAGUUCUUACUUCAAUUGGUAACUUCUGCAUUUGCUCAAUUGCUGUUGGAAUAAUUAUUGAGCUCUUGGUCAUGUAUGCAAUACAGCACCGCAAGUACAGGGAUGGAAUUGACAAUUUACUGGUCCUUUUGAUUGGUGGAAUUCCGAUUGCCAUGCCUACUGUUUUAUCUGUUACCAUGGCCAUUGGUUCCCACAGGCUCUCUCAGCAGGGUGCAAUCACCAAGAGAAUGACUGCCAUUGAGGAAAUGGCAGGCAUGGAUGUUCUCUGCAGUGACAAGACUGGGACACUAACCCUGAACAAGCUAACAGUUGACAGAAGUCUGAUCGAAGUAUUUGCAAAAGGUGUGGAGAGAGAGCAUGUGAUACUGCUUGCAGCAAGAGCUUCAAGAACUGAAAAUCAAGAUGCCAUUGAUGCUGCCAUUGUAGGGAUGCUUGCAGACCCAAAGGAGGCACGAGCUGGUAUCAGAGAGAUUCACUUUCUUCCAUUCAAUCCCGUGGAUAAGAGGACUGCUCUAACCUACAUUGAUUCUGAUGGAAAUUGGCAUCGAGCCAGCAAAGGUGCCCCUGAGCAGAUAUUAGCCCUUUGCAACUGCAAGGAGGAUGUUAAAAAGAAGGUUCAUUCGGUAAUUGAAAAGUUUGCUGAACGUGGACUUAGAUCUUUGGCUGUUGCUAGACAGACAAUUCCUGAGAAAACAAAGGAAAGUCCAGGGGCUCCAUGGCAGCUUGUUGGUUUAUUGCCUUUAUUCGAUCCACCCAGGCAUGAUAGUGCAGAAACCAUUAGAAGAGCUCUUAAUCUAGGUGUGAAUGUGAAGAUGAUUACUGGGGAUCAGCUUGCCAUUGGCAAGGAAACUGGACGCAGGCUUGGAAUGGGAACAAAUAUGUACCCCUCUUCUACACUGCUUGGUCAAGAUAAGGAUUCAUCCAUUGCAGCCCUCCCUGUAGAUGAGUUGAUCGAAAAGGCUGAUGGAUUUGCUGGAGUAUUUCCAGAGCAUAAAUAUGAAAUUGUAAAGAGGUUGCAAGAGAGGAAGCACAUUUGUGGAAUGACGGGAGAUGGUGUCAAUGACGCCCCUGCUUUAAAGAAGGCAGAUAUUGGCAUUGCUGUUGCUGAUGCUACUGAUGCUGCUAGAGGUGCUUCAGACAUUGUCCUCACUGAACCUGGACUGAGUGUUAUAAUAAGUGCAGUGCUGACUAGCAGGGCUAUUUUCCAAAGGAUGAAGAACUACACAAUCUAUGCUGUUUCAAUCACCAUCCGUAUUGUGUUCGGCUUCAUGCUUAUUGCUCUGAUUUGGAAGUUUGACUUUGCUCCUUUCAUGGUUCUAAUUAUUGCCAUCCUAAAUGACGGAACAAUUAUGACAAUCUCAAAAGAUCGAGUGAAGCCAUCUCCAAUGCCAGACAGCUGGAAACUGAAAGAGAUUUUUGCAACUGGCAUUGUGCUUGGAGGCUACAUGGCACUAGCGACAGUAUUGUUCUUCUGGGUUAUGAAAGAUACCGACUUUUUCUCGGACACAUUUCAUGUGAGAUCGUUGAGAAAUAACCCUCCUGAAAUGAUGGCAGCCUUGUACUUGCAAGUGAGUAUUGUGAGUCAGGCACUCAUAUUUGUUACAAGAUCUCGCAGCUGGUCCUUUGCAGAACGCCCUGGACUACUGUUACUCACUGCUUUUAUAAUAGCUCAACUGGUUGCCACAGUUAUAGCUGUUUAUGCCAACUGGGGUUUUGCAAAAAUAGAGGGAUGUGGUUGGGGGUGGGCUGGUGUCAUUUGGCUUUACAGCGUGGUUACAUAUAUUCCACUUGACAUCCUCAAAUUUGUCAUCCGUUAUGUUUUAAGUGGGAAGGCUUGGGAUAAUCUUUUGGAGAACAAGACUGCCUUUACUACUAAGAGCAACUACGGCAAAGAAGAGAGAGAAGCACAAUGGGCUGCUGCACAGAGGACUCUACAUGGCCUUCAACCACCUGAAGCCAGUAAUAUUUUCUCUGAAAAGAACAGUUAUAGGGAGCUUUCAGAGAUUGCAGAGCAAGCAAAGAGACGGGCUGAAGUUGCAAGGCUCCGGGAGUUGCAUACGCUGAAGGGGCAUGUUGAAUCAGUUGUGAAGCUGAAAGGACUAGACAUUGAUACAAUCCAACAGCAUUAUACAGUUUGAGCCAGGGCUUCAAAAAGGUGUGGGACCCUGUGGUUAUCCAAUAGUAUUCCGUAAUUAAGAAUUAUUAAGGCUAUGUAAAAUUUUAAUCUUCCAGACGGUUAGAUUAGUGAUAUUCCUCGUGCUACUUUUUCAAUCUUCAGUUUUUUUUAUUUUAUUGCCUGUUCCAAGUGCAGAGGAUAUAUCAGUUUUAUCUGAAACAAAAUAGCAUUACCCAGACAAAAUGUAGACAGUUCUUUUUUAUUUUCUUUAGAGAAGCAGUUUCAUAUGAAUGAUUAUGCCUAAUUUCUCCUUUUUCCCCAAGAA